UGUAGAAGAAAGACAUCAGUGCCGCACACGUUGUCGCCUGUACAUAUUCCCGCAAUCAGCAGCAUGAGAAACUACUUGAGUGUUGUGGGGUUUAUCAGCCUCGUAAACUGUCAAACCACACUUGACCAACCCCCAGGACCAAACACUUUUACCCCCACACUCACCCUCGAGUCUACGGCGAAUCUCGCUCCAAGUGUAACGCCAAAUGUUAUAAAUCCAACCACUCCGAAUGCACAGGAAAAAUGUCCAGGCUACAUUGCAAGCAACAUUCGUACCGACAACUCUAGCAUUAUCGCCGAUCUCGCCCUCGCUGGGGAUGCUUGCAAUGCAUACGGCAACGAUAUUCAAGAUCUGAUAUUAAACGUGCAGUAUCAAAACGCCACGCGACUUAAUGUGAAGAUCUACCCAAAAUACAUCGCUGCAGCAAACUACUCGCAGUACAUUCUGGAUGCAUCCCUGAGUCCGAGUGGGAAGAUUGAAGAGAAAAGCACAAUCGACACUAGCGAUCUACUCUUCGAAUGGAGCAACGAUCCCUCCUUCCAGUUCCGCGUGAGGCGCGCCAGCUCCAAUGAAAUCUUGUUUGACACUUAUGGAACCAAAUUGGUAUUCGAAGAUCAAUUUCUUGAAUUGGUCACAGCAAUGGUGCCUGACUACAACGUUUACGGCUUACCGGAAGCCAUCCGUGGUAGCUUUAAACUGCCGAACGAUUAUACUCAGACGUUCUGGAAUCAGUAUAACGAGAUGAACGAUCAGCCAGUUGAUGCGAACAUGCACAGCGUACAUCCCGUGUAUCUUGAGACUCGUUACGACUCGUCAACUCUAUCCUCCAAUUCUCAUGUGGUCUAUGGGCGGAAUCUACAUGGACAGGAGUGGGUACUGAAACCGGAGAAGCUUAUUUAUCGCGCAAUCGGUGGAAGCAUCGACUUCUAUUUUUUCAGCGGACCGACACCCACGGAGGCUCUAGCGCAACAGCAGCUCGGUGUCAUCAAGACUCCCGCGAUGAUGCCGUAUUGGGCGCACGGCUUUCACCAAGUGCGAUGGGGGUAUCAAAACUGGACGGUUCUUAGGGAAAUCCUUGAUGGAUAUAAAAACGCAGAUAUUCCUCUAGAGGGAAUCUGGAACGAUCUUGAUUAUCUGUUUCAGUAUCGAAUUUUCUCGCAUGAUAAUAACACGUAUCCCGUUCCUGAGGGCAGAGAGUUUCUGGCGAAGUUGCAUGCCGAUGGGCAAUAUUGGAUGCCCAUCUUGGACCCAAACGUAUACGUUCCUGAUCCGACCAAUGGCACCGACUCUUUCCCUACGUAUGACCGAGGUAAUGAGCUAGAGCUUUAUAUGAGAAGAGGGCAAGGCAAUGAAGAAUACUACAUUGGCGAUCAAUGGCCUGGAUUUAGUGUUUGGCCGGACUUCUUAUUGGAAUCAGCGCAAGACUUCUGGGCAGACGAGAUCGAGCGAUACUAUCAGGACCUUGAGUUCGAUGGGUGGUGGCUGGACAUUAAUAAUCUUGCUUCUUGGUGCACUGGAAGCUGUGGCUCCGGCAGAACGCAGGACAACCCCAUUCACGUUCCUUUCAAGCUCCCUGGCGAGCCUGGUCAGAUUAACUACGACUAUCCUGAGGCCUUCGAAGUCACAAACGCAACAGAAGCCGCAUCGGCAAUCGCUGCAUCUAUCUCACAAGCAGCAGCUUAUCCGACUCCUACGACCACAAUCGGUACUCCAACCGUUGGCUUCACCAGUCCUACUCCCGGGGUGCGAAACCUCACCUUUCCUCCAUACGCGCUGAACCUUACACUCGAAGGCCACUCUCUCCUUCGUCAAUCGAUCGCGCCAUACGCAAAACACAAUGAUCCCUAUAACUCCACGUCCUACGAUCUCCAUAACCUCUACGGGAUCAUCUCCUCCCGCGCAACAUAUGCCGGUCUCCUCCGAGCUAAGCCAGGACUCCGACCUUUCCUUCUCUCGCGCUCUACAUCGCCCGGAAGUGGCAGUAUUGUAGGGCACUGGGGUGGCGACACCAACAGUCGAUGGGGUAACAUGUAUAUGACAAUCCCAGAAGCCCUGACCUUCUCAGUCGCUGGUAUUCCAUUCUUUGGAACCGAGACAUGCGGAUUUAAUGGGAAUGCAGACAUGGAGCUGUGUACCAGAUGGAUGCAGCUUAGUGCAUUCUUUCCGUUGUAUCGAAACCACAACUCGCGGAAUACAAUUGCGCAGGAAGCCUUUCGGUGGGCGACAACAGCGGAGGCAACGCGGAGGGUUAUGAAAGUCAGGUUUGAGCUGCUACCAUAUACAUAUACUUUGUUCUGGAAAGCCAAUCAAUACGGAGAAACAGUCAUGCGCGCCCUCUCGUGGAACUUUCCUUCUCAGGAGCAGCUGAAGUCGGUUGAUAACCAAUUCAUGAUCGGCCCCAGUAUUCUCGUUACGCCCGUUCUAGCGCCGUUGCUCAGGGAGGCACAUGGCGUUUUCCCAGGGAUAGGCGAGGGCACGCGAUGGUACGAUUGGUACUCGCUAGAGGAAGUGAGCGCCGCUCCAGGCCAAAAUGUUAGUUUAUCAGCGCCAUUAGAGGUGAUUCCUGUGCAUCUUCGGGGUGGGGCUAUAAUUGCUUCGCAGACGCCUGGGAACACCACAAAACAAACUAGAAUGAACCCUUGGUCCAUCACUAUUGCACUGGAUGAUAAACUAGAGGCAACCGGGGAUAUCUACUUGGACGAUGGUGUCAGUUUGGAGCCUGAGGAGACCAACGUCGUUAGUUUCAAAUUCGCCGAUCUCAAUCUGUCUAUCUCGACUGAAGGGACGUACAACGACAAUAACCCGCUUGCCAGCAUCACAGUCGCAGGAUGGCGCGGGGAUCGUCUAACCAAAGUGUCGGUGGAAGGUGCAGGUCCAGACGCCGGUGUUCAUUGUGAAGGGAGACAUUCGCAGUGGAAUCGACGUUGGUACCAACACUGGUAUCCUCACAACGAUCAUCAAUAUAGCCAAGUCUACAAUUGUCGUGGGCUGAACGUAAUCGUUGCUGGUGGCGCGUUAUCCAAGGACAUCAAAUUGAGGUUUGAAUAGCUAGACAAGUUCUUUUUAUUUUAAGUAAGAGUUUAGGUGUUCUCACACACGACGAUGGAUUUUGACGAUAUAAAUGGACGAAACAGGCGAUUAAAGCGAAAUCAAAGCGAAAUGCCUUCACACAAGCUUAAUAAGCAGGGAUCGGGGGGCACCCCUUUUAGACAAGUUCAAAUCUUCAUUAGGUUGAAUACCUAGAGGUGCCAGUUUUCAGUUGAAGGAAAAAUGCUUAUCAAAACAGAAUACCCUGUUUUUGCUGUUGAAAAUGAUUUACUUAAUGAUCUUAUAAAAAAGGCCGCAACUGUACCAUUUCCUUCUCCAUAUCUCGCGUGCAGGCAAGUUUCCCCGUCAAGAAAAUCAAAUUCUUUGACUUC